AGCCUAUGCUAAAUAGGACAACAAACGGCGAUAAUCUUCCUUCAGGCCAUAUGCUGAGACCACCAACGAAAUCAUUCCCAAACGUUUUGGUCUUGAGAGAAAACGAGAUGGAUGAGGAUGGGUGGAGUAGCGAGAGUUCAUUUGAUGAUGAUCUGGUGGCGAUGGAUGAGCAUCGGAGAUAUACUAGCCAUUCCUCGUUGCCACCCGUUGAGGAUUCCGACCAGCUGCAACGAGAUGAGUGGUCUGGUUAGUAUCUUAUAUCAUGUAAUUUUAAUAUAUAUACAUUGACUCACCACACGUGGUGAGAAGCAAUACCUAUUUGCCUGUCUACUGUCUACUAUAAUGGAAAGCCCUCCACACAGCCGCUUAGCUGAAGCCGUAGAGCGACGGUUGAGCGCGCAGCAGUCUCAUGGUCCCUCUCCAGCUGAAAUGGCUGCAGAGCACGCAAAGCGCCAAAAAUUCCGAAGACUGAUAGAUCCUGGUAUCCUGCGACCAAAUCCAGAGCCAGAAGCCGUAGAGUCAAUGAAGAUUCUGUAUAAGCUAUCGGAGAACUUGAUUCGGGAACCUGAAAACCCCAAAUUUCAGCGGUUCAGGACAACAAAUACACAGAUACAGAAACAUAUAAUGACUCUGAAGGGCACAGUAGAAUUCCUUCGAGAACUCGGCUUUCAUCCAGAGGUCGUGGAUUUUCAACCGUACUUCGUUUUCAAUCCGAAGCGUAUGUCAGAUCUCGAGAUUGGGAGUGCGAUGCUGAAGGAGUCGUUGGACCUGCAUGAGGAAAAGAAGGCACGGGCGUCAGUAUCAAAACAAACUGUGCAAGAAGCCAGAGCAGAAGUAAUCGAAAAGGUACAGUUGGCAUUCAUGGAGGAUCGUAGGACCAAAAUGGAACACGACGAAAGGGAAAGGCAAUUAAGAGCAGCUCGCGCAGAGAUUGCAGCACGAAAGGAAGCACGAGAAAGGGCAAACACCGACAUUGAAGAGGACAAUGUUAUUGCUGCUGAUCAGCCACCACCUUAUAACUAGUUUUGCUUACUUACAUAUAUCAUUGCUCAGUUUACUUGAAUACAGAACUCCAAUUUGACACGACAAAA